AUGGAAGUGGAAGAACUGGUAAGAGUGGAGAUUAUAAGCUCGACAAAACAGAUGACAGAAACACCUUAUAACCUUCCUAAUAAAAAACUCAGUAAAGAACAAUACUCCUAUUACUUUCUUCCUGAAGGAACAACUCUUUCCGAGGGAUUGGCUUUGAUUUACACCCAUAAAAUGAUACUCCGAUUUCUAUCUGGUAUUCAAGCAGGAUGGUGUAAAAGACUUCCGAAUGAACGAGCUGUAUUAGCUUAUGGAAAUCUGGCAUAUGCAGACAACCAAGAGUCUCGGGCUUACAUAGUAUUUUCUGCCCUCGCUCAUAUGAACGCUAGAAUGCCUGUAUCACAUGUAAUAGAAUUGACGUAUUUGGGUAACAUUUUGGGCAAACUAAAAGACGCUUUUGGUUGGAAAAGUUCAGAGUUGUGUGCAGUAAUCGAUGUCGAAGACAAGUUUGAGGAGGACAUUAAAAAGUGGAAUAAGCAACAGGUUGCUAAGUUUUUAAAAUCUGCACUUAAUCUUGAUGAAAAGUACAUCAGGAAAAUUCAAGAACAAGAGAUAAAUGGUUUGACCUUCCUUCUAUUAAAUGAAAAAACACUUACUCGUAGACCGGGACCAUUUGAAUUUCCAUUUGUGAUUGCAAUUGCUAUUUUAGAAUUG